CGUUCAAUAUUUUCUUCCCCUGUUCGUUUCCGGUGUGAUGGUGUCCAUAGUGUGACAAAAAAGUGGAAAACAACCCGAAACAGCACGGCUCGAUGGAGAAGUUCGGCUCGAUGGAGAAGUUCGGCUCGAUGGAGAAGUUCGGCUCGAUGGAGAAGUUCGGUCCGAACGAUCAGGAGAUCGAGAGAUGGAUGUCUCGCGCGUUUGAAAUGGCCAGAGAAGCUCUGCAGAAUGGAGAAGUGGCUGUCGGAUGUCUGAUGGUCUACAAAGAUCAAGCAAUUGGGAAAGGAAGGAAUGAAGUUAACAAGACUAAGAAUGCCACUCGUCACGCUGAGUUGGUCGCUCUGGAUGAGCUUCUGGACUGGUGUCGCAAUAGCAACCUGGAUUUGAGAAGCGUGUGUGAGCACACAGUCCUGUACGUCACGGUGGAACCAUGCAUCAUGUGUGCUGCAGCCCUGCGCCUGCUCAACAUGGCUUUGGUCGUGUAUGGCUGCUGGAAUGAGCGGUUUGGAGGCUGUGGCUCUGUUCUGGACAUUUCCUCUGCCGACCUGCUGCAGACUGGGACCACAUUUAAGUGUAUUUCAGGCCACAGAGCAGAUGAAGCUGUGGAGAUUCUGAAAACUUUCUACAAACAGCAGAACCCAAACGCUCCCAAACCCAAAACAAGGACAGAUGCAGCUCUACAGGUGUGAUGCAGCUGGAUUAGUUGUUUAUAUUAAAAAUACAAAAAUAAAUAAAUGUUUUGUUAAAUAAAAAUACAUUUGUGAUGUUUGGAAGCUUU